GCAACUGACGCAGAGUGACGUCAGGACGUUAUGUUGGUGUACUUCCGCCUUCACUGCUAGGCUAGUUAGCAUCUUAACACCUCCAGAGUUAGCAUGUGCAGCCUUUAAGAUCAGAUUAACUCAUAACGAACACAGUCAAGCUGCAAUAUCCAUCUCUCCGGCGGCAGCAUGAGCACGUUAUGGAUGGGCAACCUGGAGGCCUACAUGGAUGAGAAGUUCAUCACCAGGUCCUUCUCCACCAUGGGGGAGCAGGUGAUCAACGUGAGGAUCAUACGCAACAAGAUGACAGGUGUGUCGUCACCCAGGGGUGCUCUGGGUUACUGUUUCGUGGAGAUGACGGACGAGGCCACGGCUGAGAGAUGUCUCCGCAAGAUCAACGGGAAAGCCUUACCAGGAGCCAACCCGCCCACAAGAUUCAAGUUGAACCGAGCCACGUUUGGGAAACAGGACAGCGGUCAGAUGUAUUCUCUGUUUGUGGGAGAUCUGACUCCAGAGGUGGACGAUGGGAUGCUUUAUGAGUUCUUCUACAACCGCUACCCGUCCUGUCGGGGUGGAAAAGUGGUGCUGGACAGCAUGGGCAACUCCAAGGGCUGCGGCUUCGUUCAGUUCCCAGACGAGCGGCUGCAGAAGCGGGCGUUAGACGAGUGUCAGGGUGCCGUGGGACUGGGGAGUAAACCUCUGAGACUGAGUCUGGCUGCUAACAAUUUAAGGAACCGGCAGCAGCAGCAGCAGCAGCCGUCGGAGCACCGAUCGUGGCAGUCCAACUCAGGAUACAGACAAAACUACGACCAGUACAACCAGUACCAGCAGCAGGCCUAUCCCGGCUACUACCCCUCCUGGGGCUACGAUCAGACCGGAGGAGGCUACGGCUAUAACUACCAGCAGUAUGACUACACCCAGUACCCCCCGCCACAGGAAAGUGAAGCGGUUCCGGAGGACGGACUUGAAGACCCCGGUCUGGAGCUGGACGUGUCGGAGGCCAACAGGAAGUUCAUGGAGCUCAGUGAGGAGCUGUACGACGCUCUGAUCGAGUGUCACUGGCAGCCAGCGGAGCUCUCUACAGCAGAGCAGGACAGUCUGACCUCCAGCCUACCGGAGCCCAUCUAUUGCUGAAGCUCUGGACUUUACCUCCCUGAGGAGGGGGGGGGGGGGGGGGGGGUUAUUCACAGUUUACAGUUUACAGUCUGAUAUGUUGAUAGUAUGAAUACUUUUUUUUAAGGACAUAAAGGAAAUAAGUCACGGUGAUGGUUCUACAACAAAACCUAUUUUUGAUUUAUUUAUGGAUCCAUGAAACACUCUGAAUCCAGAGGACAACCUGGGAUGUCUUAUCUCCAACAGAGGGACACAAAACAUGUCAAACUAAACGAUCGAAUGUUAAAAACUAAAAUGACAUAAAUAUAAAGUAAACCAAAAAAGAAACAUCAGACGUUGCCACCAAAUGUGUAUAAAUGAUAGACGCUGUUUGUGCAAACUGACUGAUGAUGAAUAUAUUUGAAUACAAACAUAAACAACACAAAUUACA